UAAAUGUGUCAAAAGGUUUAAUCUACUGCAGUAACUUAAGCGUUAAAACGUUAUUUUUCACUCGGUAUAUAGAAAGUGUACUGGAUUGCUUAAAAUGAUGGAGUUUGAACUGUUUUGUUUCGCUUUAGGAAUGGUUUUAAUAUAUUUUUUAUUUAGUAAAAGAAAGAAAGGAAACGGAAAAGCGCUCGUCGGUCCAAAAGGUCAGCCUAUACUUGGAAGUAUCAUGGAAAUUGAUGACGAGAAUAUGCAUUUUAAAUUUUCAGAAUACGCAGAACAAUAUGGUGAAAUAUACCAAGUUAAACUACUUUUUGAUAAAUUUAUAGUGUUGAAUAGUGAGCGGGUUAUUAGAAAAUGUUUUGGAGGUGAUAAAUACAAGCACGUUUUUAAUGAUCGAUCUGAGUUAUUUUACGGAAGACACUUUGCUUGCAAUAACAAAGCUUUGAGUUUUGUGGUUGAUGGGACAGGACAGUUUCAUAAAACUGCAAGGAAACAUGUUAUGCAAGCUUUGCAUGCCUACGGAAGUGGCUUGCGGGAUUUAGAGAAUAACGUCAUGACUGAAUUUUCUAAUUUACAUACACGAAUUGAGGAUGAGGAUAUUUUUGAAUGUGUUUCCUUAAUAUUUCAGUCUAUCUCAAAUGUUCUGUCACUGAUGUUGAUUGGUGAACCAGUUUUAGACGAUGAAAAAGAAAAGAACAUGUUCUUGGAUGAAAUACACGUUGAAGAUUUCUUUCUGAAUUCUUAUGUAAACUUCAUAAUGUCAGUGUUACCGUUUGUACGAUAUAUGCCUGGAAGGUACAAAAACGAAUUCCUAAAGGCAAAGGCUGUUAAUGCAAAAAUUGUCAAGAAAUAUUUUCACGAUGUGAAGAGAACGUUUGUUAGAGGAAAAGUUCGUGGUAUCGUAGAUGUUUUUAUCGAGGAACAGAAUCAACAAAAAGAAGCUGGAGGGCAAGUUUUCUUUACGGAUGAUACAAUUAUAGCCCAAGUGAUUGACAUAAUAGAUGGGGGAAUCACAACAACUUGGUCAGUUCUUUCAAAUACAAUAUUGAUAUUACUGAAUCAUCCACAAUAUCAGAAGCUGCUCCAGAAUGAGUUUGACAGGGAAAUUGGAAGACAACGACCUCCGACAUUUAAAGACAGAAGUAAUUGCUCAUUUUUCAAAGCAUUUGAGAUGGAAGUGCAUAGAUACAUUACAGUUGUCCCACUUAUGUUGCCUCAUAAAUGCAAAGAAGACGUAGACUUUGAAGGAUAUGAUAUUGCAAUGAACAGUACGGUCAUUGGGAAUAGUUGGUAUAUCCACCACAACAAGGAGAUUUGGGGAGAUCCAUGGACAUUUCGCCCAGAGAGAUUCUUGGACGAUCAUGGAAAUGUCCUGCCUUCUGAACACAUAUUGCGAAAGAACUUGAUACCUUUUGGGAACGGGUUGCGUCAAUGUCCAGGAGAAUCCUUCGCUAAAACACGUUAUUUUCUUUAUGUCAGUAACCUUUUGCAGCGCUGGUGUUUUGAGUUUCCUGAAGGAAAGCACAUCUCGAGUGAUCCGAGACUUUCCGAGAACUUUGAUAUCAGUGUUGUUAUAAGACCCAAACCAUUUUACUGUAACGCUAAAAAGCGGAUAUAGAUUUAUAUGUUUCAAUAUUAUUCCUGUUGAUAACUUUUUAAACAGAUUCAAAUACCGUAUUAGUUCAAUAAAUGCUGCUUUGGAGACAACUAUUACUAUCAUUUAUUCAGUAGUUACACUAUAGAAACAUUGUCACAUAAGUACAGAAGUUUAACAAUUGUUGAUUUUUGUUAGGAAAAAAAAUGUGUGAAAUAAUUUUUAACAAAUUAACUUUAAAUAAUAGAAAAAGAGAUAAUUUCUAAAGGGCAAGAUUUUUUUUUCCAGUUUACAUGUCGGCUAAAUAAAUAUGCCAUGUUUAUUCUCGAACUCGUGAAAAUUACCUAGUUCGUAUUGGGUUUCAGAAACGAUUUUCUUUCAAAAUUCGCCUAUGGUUGGUUGGUUGUUUGAAAUACCACGAGAAGGUGACUACCUUUGGGUGUAUGUCAGAUCCUAUUGGGUAUCGUUAUUUAAGAGCUGAUUUUAAUCGAAUUGGCUAGAGAAGCAUCCUCUUAUAUCAUUUAAUGUGGUAUUUGGUUCUUUCGAUGUCAAUUAUGGGAUAUACAAUGAUACAGGUAACGAAAAUCUGUCGUGUACAAUUUAUAUAAUUAUUGUCAGAAACCGUUAUAUCUGAAAGGCAUAUUCCUUCACUGUAUGUAAUAAAUUGACAUGUGUAAGAAGUGUCUAAUUUAGGCAAAUGUUAACGGUCAUUAAAAGGAAAAGCUUCAUUUGUAAAGUUUAAUUUGUUUUUAGAUUUUUAUAAGGAAACGUAGUUCAAUAUUGCAAACAUUUUACGACGUGACAUUCUUUUUUACCACCCUGUAGAUAAAACUUUAACCUAAAUAUGAAAUAUACGUCGCACAUAUUUAUUUCAAGAAAUUACUUAGUAAGUCAUGGUCUUUCACUUUAACUUACAAAAAAAGGUUGUUCAUAUGCAUGUAAACUUAUUUAAUCUUUUGUUCGAUUUGAUUUGUAUCUUUUUCAUUUAUGAUAAAUGUGAUUGUCAUUUGCCAAACUUUGGACCAUUGUCGAGUUGUUGCAAUAACUUAAAAAAUGGUUCGAGUUAGAACACACUUACAAUUAGUAAUAUUCUGGUUCGAUAGUCAAUAAUAAAAGUCGUACCAAACAAACUGUAAUCAGUUUAUGUCAUUAUACAUAACCGACAGAAUAAAUUUUAUAAUAUU